AUGAUUACCCCUCGGAACGAAUCUGAAGAACAGCGACGGGCAGCUGCAAGAGCCAUUCAACGUGCGUGGAAGAGCAGGAACAAUCGUGCCCUCAUGUCUUCAGACGCAAGGUGGAAGGAUGCUGCCGAACAUGCAAAGAUGAAAGUCGACAGAGACGCGGCUCAGGACGGCAAGAACCAUCCUCGCGAACGUUGGAAUCGAGCAGUGUUAUAUGUAUCGCAGCUACGCAACGGGAAUACCGUCUUGAACUCAGGUGUCCAAUCGAAGCAGUAUGUUCAGAAAAACCUCGAGACACAACACUGGUUAGAGUUGGUUGAUGGAAAACAUCGAUAUGGAUCAAACUUGAAAGUGAGCAUAGCCUAUACAUGCGACGCAAGCUACUCAACAUGUUUAACAAGUGGUAUCAUAAACGCUGGCAAACAGAAGAUACAGAGGACAAUUUCUUCAGAUGGUGCUUCCCUCAUCUUCUUCGGCUUUUUUCUGGCUGAACUUACCGUGGUCGAAUGCAGGCUUGAUUACGGUCAGGGCAAAGAUCUGUCAUUACCAGAAUGCCCGCGAGAACAGCUGGAGAAAGAGAGAAUAAUAUAUCUAUCUUCAGAGCAACGGCUUAACUACCUCGCAAAUAUUGAUAGGGAGGGUAAGCUUCGCUGGGCCCGCAAUAAUGAACUUGUCGACACGACCGCCGGUCGUUGGAAGGACUCUGGCAACGGGGGUGGAAUAAUACCUGAAGAUCUUACUGCACAACCACGAACAGAACCUCACACAAGUUUACCUCACGUUUCUUCCACGAGUUCUUUAAGCAUGAAUUCGACCGUCGCUACACACUAUGUAGAUCCCCCACGAGGUCAUAAUCCAUGGUCAAGGAUAUUCCAUCGGUAUUUUACUGCACGGGGUAUUUUGAAUCGUCUCCUGAGGAAGACGGUGCGACGCAAUACAUGGAUUUGGGUUACGGAUCGCCAAUACAACCUGUUCAUAGGAAUAAAGGACACUGGCUCUUUCCAGCAUUCUUCCUUUUUGGCUGGUGGUCUGGUCACAUCCGCAGGAUUAAUAUCUGUAAAAAUGGGACUGGUCCAUAAUCUUUCCCCACUUUCAGGUCAUUAUAGGACCUCCGUUGGGCAUUUCCAUCAAUUCCUUGAAAAAAUGGAAGAACGUGGUUUGGAUAUGCAAAAGGCCAGGAUCAGCAAGGCUGAAGCUGCAUUAUGGGGGAUCGAACAUAUUGCAAAAUGGAAGAAAAAACGGUCUGAGAUAUCCGAGAAAGGAAAGGAAAAGGCGCUUGAGGCGGGUCAGGAACUUGCUCUGAAGCUCCCUUUGGUGGACAACAGCUGGAAAAGGGAGAUACUGGAGGGCCGUGCAUCAAAGCAGCGAAACGCAGUCAGCAAUGCUUCAGAUAUCAAGGACUGA